AUGGAUCCUAUGGGUCUUCAAGCUGUGUUAAUUGGUUUUCAUCUAGAUGAUGAUGGGGUUGGAGAGGAGUUAUCUGGUAUUUUGAACUUUAUGAUGCAAUUUGGGGAACCCGACGAUCUUUUGCAAAUGUGUGUUAAUAUGAAAGAAGAGGGUAACCUUUUGUUUAAGAAAAAUCUGUAUGAUGAAGCCUUGUCUAUGUAUGAUAAAGCUACGAAACUCUUGUGUUUUGCUUUAAUUGAAAAUGAAGAGCAGAAUUCUAGAUUCUUUGAUCUUGCCAUUAGUCUCAACCUCAAUCUUGCUCUGUGUGCUUUCAAGCUUAAUUUAUUUGCUCAAGGAAGGGAGUUAUGCUCAAUUGUGUUGAAUUUUUAUCCUGCAAAUGUGAAAGCUUUAUAUAGAAGAGCAUUGUGA